AUGGCCUCAGCUCCACCAUCCAUAGAGAUAGAGCAGGAGGCCAACUGCCCCAUCUGCCUGGAGUUCCUGACAGACCCCGCGGUCCUGGCGUGUGGGCACAGCUUCUGCCAGGCCUGCAUCACUGACUACUGUGAGAAAUGGGAGACUCUGGGAGACUUGGAGUGUCCUGUCUGCAAAUUCAAGUUCCAGAAAGGGGCUUUCUGCCGAAACUGGCAGCUGAGAAACAUAGUAAAAAAAAUUAAACUGAUGUCACAAAGUUCAAGAAAAGGUCUUUGCUUGAGACACCAGGAAAAUCUCUGCUUCUUCUGCAAAGAGGAUGAAAAAUUGGUGUGUGCUGUCUGUGAGCAAUCCCCAGAACACCAAGGACACACAAUAAUUUCCCUGGAAGUGGCUGCUAAGAAAUACAAGGAUGAAUUCUGCAACCGUCUGGAGGUUCUGAAGAAGGAGAGAAAGAGAAUUGUGGUGUAUAAAGGAGAUGUGGAGAAGGAAAGUCAAAUCUUGCUCAAACAAACCAAAGAAGAGAAGCAAGAGACAGUAGCCAAAUUCAGGCAACUGCACACAUUUCUGGAGGAACAAGAGAAACUUUUGCUGGCCCAGAUGGAAGAGGUGGAGAAGGAGGUGGCGAGAAACAGGGACCAGCAUCUGGCCAGAAUCUCUGAGGAGCUCUCUUCUCUGGAAAGACUCAUCCGGAAGAUGGAAGAGAAAUGUCAGCAGCCGGCCAGUGAUCUCCUGAAGGAUGUCAGAAGCACAUUGCAGAGGUAUGAAGACAAGGAGUCGUUUGAGAAUCCAGUGGCUAUUCCACUUGCACUGAAGUGGCACAUCUGGGACUUCUCAGGUUUAAAUCUCCUUUUGGAGGGCAUCGAGAAGCAACUCAAAGACACUCUGGAUUCUGGACUUCAUCCGCAGAAAGCAAAUGUGACUCUGGAUCCACACACGGCCAAUCCAUUGCUCAUCCUGUCUGAGAGUCAGAAAAGCGUGCGAGUGGGAGAACAACCUCAAGCUCUGCCCACCAGUUCUGAGAGAUUUGAGAAGUAUACUGCUGUGCUGGGCCGUGAGGGAUUCACAGGAGGCUGCCAUUUCUGGGAAGUCCUUGUGGGAAGUGAGGAAGGCUGGGUUGUGGGGGUGGCCAGAAAGUCUGUGAGGAGGAAGGGAGAACUCACUUUUACUCCUGAGGAAGGGAUGUGGGGUGUGGGGAAGUGGGCAGGGAAGCACAGGGCUUAUGCGGAAGAAUAUAGGUUUCCCCUGACUGUGACUGGGGAGCUGAAGAGGAUCCGAGUCUGCCUGAACUACGCUGGGGGGCGAGUGGCCUUUUUUGAUGCUGACCGAGCAGCCCUUCUAUACAAGUUCUCUGGAGCCUCCUUCCAUGGAGGGACCCUCCUGCCCUUCUUUUUAGUUUAUGGAAAAGGCCAUCUCAAAAUCUCUUCCUAG